ACGUAAUUGCGUGACAUGUUAAAAGUUUCCAUUCAAAUUUGUCAUUUUUCAAACCUACCGCUAAAUACAGAGGUCCUCUAAUGUUCCUCCUUCACAGAAGUUGACGUGCAUUGCGAAAUAAGAUUGUUUUGCUGACCAUUAAGACGCACUUCCGUUGAAUCUGUUCACCGACCAUUGUAAGCUAGAAGCUAUGGCUCAACAGACAGGAAGCUCUAACGUUCCCCUACUUCUGAUGGCAGGCAACACUGUCCAGACACCGUCCGUUCCUACCCAACAAUGCGUACCUCAAAUGGUAUCUGGGCAACCCCAGUCGUGUGUCAAUCUAAUUCCAUUUGGUUCGCAGCCUUAUCCUCAAUAUCAGUUGGUUGCCGGUGGACAAAUGCCUCAGUUUCAGACUUACAUUCUGCAGCCCACUGGUACCACCCCUGUUGCCGAAAGAGCACAGUUCGUAGUACCUCAGUCGAUGCCGUAUUUCCAACAGCCGCAGUUUAUCAUUGCCCCUGGCCAACAGACCAUACCGACCAGUCAGCAGCAGACGUUUGUGACAGGUGGCCAACAAAUCAUGGCCAUGAACACUGCAACGCCUGCAUUCAUGUCGUCCAAUCACAUACAAUACGUUCCAGCAAGUGCCCUGCACUCGAACCAAAGACAACUCUCUCCGAAUGCAUCCGGCGUUUCGAAGGCUCUUUGGAACACUCAAACAUCCGGGCAACUAGGAGUCUCGCUAUCGCCUAGAUACGUGGAUGUGAAGGCAGGCCAACAGUCGGGAUUGUUGUCACCCAGACCUUCCGGUCAGAGUACCAUGUUAGCCUCUCCUAAAUCGCCUUCCAGAAUUCCGUUUCAAGAGCUAGAAAUCAGACCUAAUGAACAUACGACAAAACCAAAACCAAUGCAAGAGACAAGUGCUACAAUGCGUGAACCGGAAGGUAUCAGUAAGAUGACAGAGAAGCUAAACAAAUCGGACAAAAUGGUGCCAAUUUCUCUUAAAAAUAAGUACGAACACAUCAAAUACAACCCAGAACUUGAACCAAAAUAUUUCGGAGAUUGCUUCAACGUUUCCGGGCUAGUUCGGGGAGACGACGAGUACAGUCAGGAUAGAAAGAGAAGACUACGUCUGCAGGAGUACCUUCGUGAUAGGCCAAUAAAGACGAGGCAAGCGCCACCAACGCCCAUGUUUGCAGUCUAUCAACUGAGAGAGAAGAACUGGGACAAAAAAAUCAGAAAGAAGAGUGAGAAAAUCGGGAAGGUGAACAAAAGUGGACGAGGUUUCCGUAAUUUGAGUGACCUUCUUGGCAGCAUGAACUCGGACACUUUCACACGGAUGGACGAUGCUGAAUUCAGAAAUUCCCACCACCACGCUUGGUCCAAAUCCCACCCCAGAAUGCCCUCCGAUAGCGAUUCUGAUGACGAGUAUAAAGAUGACGAUAUCGAUGAUGACGUUUUCGAUCAAGAUGAUGCUAAUACGCGCCAACCGAGAUUGCAAAGUUUUGGGUUCGCGACCCCCAAUCGUCAGGGAGUUGCCACGACCACGCCAGAGGUCUCUCCAACUGAACAAGAUUCCCACAUAAGCCCUGUGAGUAGCGAAUGCUUGAAGGAUUCGGCGUUCAGCGACGAUUCUACCCCGGAUGAGCUCGACUCUGAGGGUCACCGCAGUGCUGACAAUCUCGCCACCAAUGUCGGAAAGAAUCCCACGGUCGACACCAUUCCAAAGAUGAAAAGGUCAAAGUCCGGAAAGAACGUUCUCGAAUUGAUUGCACAGGAGUUCGAAAAUGAAAGGCGUGCCACGAAGCGUACUGAACAAGAAGCCAGGCAGGAUUUGAAAGUCACUAAAGGCAAUCCUAACCAAAAUAAGCGUGGUCUCAAAUCUCCAUCUCGCCUUGGAGGUAUGUCAAAGAGGGCGAAAAUAACUUCACCAAGAUUCACUCGAAAAGGUCCCCUCAGAAGACCAACUAAACGACAGCCAUCUGGUCUGAAAUCUGAAGGAGAGGACUGGUUAGCCAGAGCUUCGGUACUUGCAUCAAGUGCUUUCAAAGAUCGAUCAGCAAAUGGACGCCGAAGACUCAAAUCUCGUAACGCAUGAUACCAGUAGCCUCGCUCAAUGAAAUACUCGGAUAAUGAAUAUUAUAAGCGUAUAUUUACUGACAUCUUUAUUUAUAACAUUUUUCUUUUCUAGAGUAUAUAUUUAAAUACAUAAAUGCAAAUAUUUUUAUUUUCUAAAAAAAAAAAAAAAAAAUCUUGUCUUAGUCCUACAUGUAAUGUGAUGUAUAUAUUUAGUAAAUACUUUUAUCAAUAGUUUUGUUUUAUUUUCGUGUAAAUACCGGUAUUUGUAAGUGUUGUACGUACUUUUACUCACAGUACUGACUUU